AUGCGCAAGUACUUUAGAAUAAAGACCAUGAUGAGAGUUGAAAGCGAAGGUGCAGACUUGAAUUACCACCUUUUGCUUUCUCCUACAAGAAAAAGUUUGCCCUCUUGUAAAGUGAAACUCCGCACAAGGCAUCAACACAGCUGCGAUUGUGAUCAGGAUUUAUUGCCAUAUCACCCAGUCACAGAAUCCAAAAGCUUGCCUAAAGAGGUACCUCCUGCAAGUAUUUCUAAAUGUUUGUCAAAUGAUCUAUUCAAUCCAGCUGUGCCAUCCUCUGAGAGCCCACUCGGCCCAGGAUACUCAGACCAGCACCAACACACAGUGUCAGGAUUAAUGGCAUCACAGCUCAAUCAACUGAACCUCAUAAAAGAGCAAAGAGAAAAGAUCGUGCUGAGGCAAGAGAGAAGAAAGCUUAACAUUGACUAUCUUCAACAAAAGAAGAACCAGCAUCAACCUGAAAAGGUUUCAUUUUCAAGGAGGAAGUUAGAUUUUAGUCUUGAUUUAGAGAACCUUGGGAAAAGACGUAGGUGUAUGACAACUAGCGAGUAUGGAACAUGCUCGUCUUUUACAGAAAGUGCUGAUAUGGCAAUGCACUCGCCUUUACUCAGAAAAGAUUCAUUCUUGAGUUAUCAGUCAAUGUCAGAUGAUGCUGUAAACAACAAUAAAGCUUUAAGAAUAAGAAACCUCUCGAGUGAUGACAGCAGUUCAUGCUUGAGUGAUAUCUCUGAUGAUGAUUAUGAUGUUGAUUCAGAGGUGGAGUCACUCCCUGACAGGUGUCGACACAUAACUCUUGGAGACAUCUGUGUCGUCAUUCCUGAGGAAAACCUGUCAGGCUAUCUUCAGUGUGAAUUCACUCUUGUUGUUUUGGAGGAUGUGUCACUCCACCCUAAGCUUGGUCAUCUUCAAGUUGUUGCAAGUGAAGUAAUCGAGAUGGAACCACAUGGAGCAAGAUUUUAUGAAGAUGAUCCGGCUAUCAUAAGCCUACCUUAUGACGUCAAAGUAGGAAAGAACGAUCAUGUGGUAUGUCUUUGCAGUGACACAGGUGUUGGACAAAGGGUAAAAUGGGAAAGAAUGAGCCCUAAGGACUACAAUGUGUUUGCUUCGCAUGUGGAAAUCAAAGCCUACCACUUCAGUCUCUUUGCCGUUGUUGUUUCAAAAGGCUACCCUGAGGCUCGCAAGACUAUCAGGGCUGGAGUUGGUGGUUGUCUUUAUGUUUCUGAAGUUCCUGGGGUGGAAGUUCUUUUUCCAGAAACAUCAUUACUUUAUGACAUUGAAGCCUCCAUCAAGGUUCUUUAUGCAGAUGAGCCUUAUAAUGUGGAUCAUUCAGAUCUAGACGCACUUGCUCUUGCUGCACCUGUUGUCAAGUUGGGUCCUCAUGGCUGUGUCUUCAAUCCUGACACACAUGAUUUUGUGACUGUUCGUUUGCCAUUACCAGAUGGCAAGGAAAUUCAAGAGAGGUAUGGAGACAGACAGCUUACUUUCUGGUGUAGCUCCACUGUGGAAGGUGAAGAACUUACCUGGGAGCAAUUCCAGCCUAACUUUAUGCACAUUGAUAAUGACAAUGAUAAUCUUUGCUCAGUGUACUUCUCUGUGGAGCAUUUCUCAUACUUCAGAGUUUUAUGGGACAUCAUUGAUUCAGUCCUGUGGGAAGCAAAGCUUGGUGUCUCCAGCCUUAUACCCUUGUUUCACUUUAAUGUGUCCUUUCAAGCAUUGAUGUCGGAAAUAAGCAGCAUUGGAGGAAGGUUUGGAAUCUGUGUAGUGUGCUACAGAUUUGGCAAGCCUCUAGAGGGAAUCGGGAACUUUCCUCUUCUUGUGGGCAAGUGCAUCGCACCAAAGAUGUUACGCACCGGAAAGUUAAAAAUUAGGUAACUAAGUGGAAUACUUGAAUUUGUUACUAUACAAGAAAACCCCUGUAUUACUGAAAAGACUUUCAUUAGGCACACAAUAAUCUUUUUUAAUUGUUGGUACAGCAUGGAUUAACUUUGCAAUAAGGUGUACAUAGACAUGUACAUGUAGUCUACUCUUUUCUUUGUCUAAGAAUGUGUUAAAAGUUAGUUACUACCAGAUUCAAAUAAAUAACAAUACAUAGUUUAACAGCAAUACUUAAAAACAGCAUUAGCAAUGUCAAGAAACAGUAGAAGUCAAUAAGUACUUCGUUGUUAGUGAAGGGUGUGGCAUUUAUUCAGGGUAGGUGCUUAUUUAAGGUUAGCAUUCUCUGGAGUCAAAUAUGGUCCAAAUCCUGGCAUUCAUUUCGUGAGCCAAUUUUUUGCAUACAAAACAAAAGCUAGUUUACAAAGGCGUGCAUCUGCUCUUGUAGUAUUGAAUAAGCAUGGAAAGGGUUAUUUUCAACCUUUAAUUUGUUUUCCUUCUUCAGCUGAUACAUGUUUACUUCAUUGAACUGAAGGGUCAAGAUAAUUAUGUACAUAUAGUUUGACAUUAAUUUGAGAACUUACUGUACACUGUUUAUUUCCUUCAGACUUGAAUCACAUCAUUUUAAAGCAGACCCCUCAGUAGGGGUAAAGGAACUUGUGGCAGUAGAGAACUUCACGGGUCGACCAUUUGUGAUGCAGUUUGGAUGUAAAUUUACUGGCGAGCCUCCUGAUCAUGGUAACUUUGGAAGUGUCAUUGUAGAGCAGCCAUCACAGUAUGGUGGAAACAAACCUGUUUUUUCCUUUCUUUUAGAUAAGGUAUGUCUAAGUAACAACAAUUAUCAUUCAAUAAAUCAGCUUAGGGCCACAAGCAAACCAGUGGUGGCCUCAGGAAAUGUUGGCUGUUUUCUCAGAGUACAGAAUUGCCCGAUGGAAAAAGUAACCAUGAUAGUGAUUAAGGUAGUUUCCCGUAUGGACAAAUGCAUUGGCUUGGCAGUGAUGAUCACUGAUAUUUUCCUUUUGAUCUGCUUUGGAACAUAUCUGUUUCACCAAGAUGCAUUUUGUUUUUUGCUUUUGUACUUGCAUAAACAUAAACACCUGGAGUGUUUCUUGUUUUAUAUACAUGUAUUUGAAGUUUCUCACGUGAUGUUUGACUCUCAUUUGUACAAGAAAAUUUUCUGGAAUUUAUACAGGAGGGUUUAGUCAUGACCAAGUUUCACUAUCGCUGUCACCAAAUUAUUGAGUCUUGCCACUAGAACGCUCUGUUCAUUGUUAUCAGGGCUAGCAUAGUAUUUGGUUUUUUUGUUUGCCCAUUGCUUUCUCUGUCUAAGACUUAUACUUCUUCGCUAUAAGUUAUGGGUGCAUGUUAGUGAGUCUCAGUCCUAUUUACACACAUUUUAUUUUAGCCUCAUGAAACUGAAGCAACAGACUGCUCCUUGGACUGGGAAGUACAGUUAACUAAAGAACUUACAGGUAAGUUAGAGAAACUGGCAUGACAAACGCAAAUGUAACUAGUGAAUACCCAAGGCUUUGUUUGUGUGCUUUACUGUAGGGAAAAAUUCAUCAGAGGCACUGCCACUAGAUAAUAGACCUUUCAAUGGUUUUUGUAACUUUAGACGUGGACAAGUUAGGGAAAAUCUGUCAACUGCACUGGAAAGAGCGCCAGCCCUUUAAUUACUAAAAUUGCCAAGUUUGAAGGUGACUUGACUUAAAGAAAACUAUCAAAGAUUUUGUUCUGCAAAGUUUCGAAAUUUUAGACAUUUGUAUGGUGGGGGCACAAACUUGCCCCCUACUAACCAAAUAUCAGUAAAUUUUCGCAACUUUGCAAAGCUGUAUCUUCGCUCAUUUAAGACGUAUCCCUUUUGAACUUGGCAAUUCGACUAAUUUUAAGCUGCUCUUUCCAGUGGUGUCGACAGAUUCUCCCUAACUGGUACAUAUCAAAAGUUGAAAAAAAUGUGGAUCGUCUAUUAUUUAAGAGUUAAGUCUUUCUUCCCUCUAGGGCCUCCUUUGCUUUAAAAUUCAGUUCUUUAGGUCAAAAUGCAGACUUGUUUUAACUGACAGACUGAUUGUCUUAAUUCUAGCGUUGUUGAGUAUUAAGGCUGAGAAAGACAUGGGGGAUGAGGUCUGGCACGAAGUUGCAGAGAGUUUGGGUUACACUCCAAAAGAAAUAAGCAACUUAAGUGGUUGUGACAAUCCUAUGGCAGCAGUUAUUGCUAACUACAAACGUCGUGGAGGGAUGCCACAUCAGUUCAUCUCAGCUCUUUACAAAACUGGCUCCCCUGGCAACCUGACUAAACAACACAUGUCAAAUAGAGCUGAGAUGGCCAGAGUGAUGGAUGAAGAGAGAUCUGGUGAGAUGACGACAGAGGAAUAAAGUUAAUAAAUAAAUAAAUAAAUAAAUAAAGGGUGCAUGGAACAAGGCUCUAAGUGACUUUUGAUAUACUGUUAAAUCCUUGUUCUGUUUCUUAAGAAAUUUCAGGCAGUGUGUGAUUCCAGAAAACAUCCAUACCCCCACCACGGACCCCCCACCCCCUAGGAAUUUCCUAUUUUCCUUUUCAUGGCCUAAAAUUUGCCGUAUUUAGAGAUAAUCAAUCGUGUUCCACUUUGACUUAUUUUUAAUCUUGCAAUAUGUAUUUCAUAUGCAGGUAGAGCCACAGGUAGCCCAAGCUCACUAUGAGAGCCCUGAACAACAUCAUCCUACUUAGCUAAUUAAUUAUUCAUACAGCAAGAAAAUUAUAAGACGUUGUAUGGAGAAAUGUUCUUUGCUCAUUAAAUUACCAAAAUGUACAUUGAAUAUCGCUUUGAAGCUUACCUUUAGCGUCUUCUUGUUUUCCUUUGUAUUCUGACUGCAUUUCAGACCUCCUAGGCACUGUUUAACCCAUUCGCUUCUAGAGAUUUUGCCGAAAAACGCGUUUUGAAGCUAGUCGAGUGGUUUUCUGGUCACUGUCAUGCUAUAAAGAGCUAAAACUUACCACAAACUGGUUUACAGGUCGAACACUUCGCGGCCUUGUGAUCCAGGUGCAAAAUAUCAGCUUGCGAAGUUUGGGCAUGCGCAGAAAGCAAAAUUUGAAACCGUUUCACUCUUUUAUUUGAUUUGAACUAGACUAGCCGGCAAAACUGUCGGAUCAAAACAUUAACAACGCGACAUGUUUUGAUAUUACAUGUCACUAUCACACGCGAUGCUUGACUUCCGCGACCCCGGAGUGCAAUGUGAGAAGUGAAAAAUCAGUUACUGUGCCCAGUAGGCUAAAUGCUCCAAUUGUCCUUUGACGGUUGAACAAUUUGACCCUGCCAGCCCGCGUCGGUUUGAAUUGUCGACGUGACGGUUGGAGUCCGUUGCGGGUCUGCUCUCGACACGCCUCACCUCAGCCGUGUAUUGCCCACUUCGUUGGCGAUUUAGGACCUUCGAAAUGGGAAUUUUGGCGAUGUGAAUGAUGGAAAAUGUGCGUUAUUUAUCAGGACAUCUGUUUCUGGCGGAAUUGUCUCCAUGUCGCAAAUGUCACGGAAUUUAUCGCCGCCGAGAGCGGAGCCGGUCAAGAGAGGUUUGCCAACCUUCUCUUCUCUUCUCUCUACUGUCAUCUGGGUGAAAAACUGUCGCUCCAAAAAAGGCCUUAAACAGUGCCUAGGAGGUCUGAAAUGCAGUCAGAAUACAAAGGAAAACAAGAAGACGCUAAAGGUAAGCUUCAAAGCGAUAUUCAAUGUACAUUUUGGUAAUUUAAUGAGCAAAGAACAUUUCUCCAUACAACGUCUUAUAAUUUUCUUCCUGUAUGAAUAAUUAAUUAGCUAAGUAGGAUGAUGUUGUUCAGGGCUCUCAUAGUGAGCUUGGGCUACCUGUGGUAGAGCAUGCUUCAUAGACUAUGAGUGGUCUCUUUUUUUUCUUAGUCCGUCCAGCGAAACGCACGAGACACGAAAACAGAGAUUAAUAAGUUUAUGUCAUCUUAAAAAAACCCAUAACUUUAAAUUUGAACUAUUCGUUGAAAUAAAACUUCUCGUGGGCACCCCCCUGACUCCUUGGAAAUUUCUAUCCUUUAGCCCCCCUAACCUCUAGGAAUUUCCAUUGACCAUCCUUGGGGGAGGUAUGGAUAUUUUCUGGAAUCACACAAUUUAGAAGGAUAAUCUAGCAGUUUAUCAAUAUUUGUUCACAAACCAUAAAGUAAUGGUGACUUUCACUUUAUUGGUAAAAUGUGUUGUCCAUAAUAUUAGACACACUACCCAACACAUACAGUUGUAUUUUGAGCAUGAAGUAUUAUUAUCAAAAUUAAUCAUGAGUUACACUAUACUGUUGAAUUGUGUCAGUUUGUUCUCAGUUCUUUUCCUUUUCUGUUGAAUUACAUAUUAAGGGUUUUUAAGUUCUUUUAUAGUGUGAAGGCAUUUGGAAAGCAUAAAAUAAUAACAAUUAUAUUAAACAAUCUGAAGUAAAUUUCAUCAUUAAUAAUAGAAAUGGAACCAAAGAUAUGUCCCUGUGUAAAAAAGAAUGCAAGAAAACGAAGACUUCAAGAAUCUAUAAACUGGGAAGAGAAGUUCCAAGAUCUUGCACAGAAACUUGUUGGAAAUAGCAAAUGGCGACAACUUGGCCGUGUGUUGGGUGUUGGUGAGAGCAAGAUUAAGGAAAUUGAGAAUGACUGCAGCAAGGAUGGUGUGCAGGAGAUGGCAUACCAAGUGUUGGUAGCAUGGCGUGAUCUUUAUCCAGAUAGAUGCAAUCUGAUUAAUAUUUCAUCUGCACUGUGCAAAAUUGGACUCAAUUCUGUAGCAAGACAAUGCUGUCUUGCAGUUGAGAUGGGUUGAUGUACAAUGUACAAGUCAGUCAUGUAAAGUAAUCAAGGCAGAGGUAUUUUAAUGUCAGCACUGCUGUUUGCUUCAUACACAUGUACACUGUUACAUGUAGUUGAUUGACUUAGAUCCAUGAACAGGGCACACUGUACAU